CUCCCCCGCGCGCGCUCCGUCUAUUUUUUCCCAUCGCUUUCAUUCUGACACUCUAAAGUAGGUCACCGGGUGGAAGUUACAGCCGGUACAGACCCCGGCUUUGAUGCGAAGGCAGAUUUUCUCCCCCGGCCUCGGGCGGGGGGGAUGCACUGCAACUAUUCGGUUCCGUAGAGCUGCCCGCCCCCAUACCUUGCAGCCAGCGCCGGCGACCGUGGCGUUGACAAUGGUCCGCAGAGCGGAGCGGCGGGAAGCCUCUUUUCCACCCUAGUUCGGCCGGCCCUGCGCCUGCCCCUGCCCCGCGGACCGGGAGGAGGGGGCGCGACAGGUCGCCUCCCGCGCUCUCCGGCGUCCGCGUCCCGGGUCUGACCGCCUGGAUGUGGAGGUUUCCCAUACGUCUGAGAGUUCUGCCACACCAGCCAAGUGUCCUACAAUUUAACUCAAUCCUGACAUCAUCCACCUGCAAAUAGACUUGGACACCACAAGUCAAGGGCUCAGUCCCACAAGAUUGCUACCCUCCUGCCACACACACACCCCCACACCCCAGAUGCCAAUGGCCAAUCCGGCAGCCACUACAUGGCGUGAAGCGCGUCAUCUUGCCAGACCUUAGCUGAUCUGUGGCCAAGCAACGUAUGGCAUCUCAAUUCUGGCUGGGCCACCACUGAGUCCAGACUCUGAGGUACCUGAUGGGCAAGCUCCUCGGAGCCCCUCACUUUGGGCAGGUUGGCACAGUGAAUCCAGAACCUCUGGUCCUGUAUUCCCUUCAAAGGCUCAUACAGGGUGGUCUGUCGUGUGAAGGGCCUCGCUAUUUGAUUCCACUCCUACUACUUUGCAUUUACAUUACACACUGAGAAAAUUAUCAACAACAACUAUCACUCUCUGAGGGUGGAAACUGCCAUGAAUCACAAAGACAAGAAGAUGGAUCAUGCAGCCGCCCAGCUGGAGAAGCAGCACGUGCACGAUGUGUAUGAGAGCACCGCUCCUUACUUCAGCGACUUGCAGAGCAAAGCCUGGCCUCGUGUCCGCCAGUUCCUCCAGGACCAGAAGCCUGGCAGCCUCAUCGCCGACAUAGGUUGUGGAACUGGAAAGUAUCUUAAAGUGAACAGCCAGGUACAUACCCUGGGCUGUGACUACUGUGCGCCAUUGGUAGAGAUUGCCCGGAGUAGAGGAUGUGAAGUCAUGGUAUGUGACAACCUUAAUCUCCCCUUUAGGGAUCAGGGCUUCGACGCCAUCAUCUCCAUAGGAGUCAUACAUCAUUUUUCUACAAAACAAAGAAGAAUCAGAGCAAUAAAGGAAAUGGCCAGGGUCUUAGUUCCUGGAGGCCAGCUGAUGAUUUAUGUUUGGGCCAUGGAACAAAAGAACCGGCACUUUGAGAAGCAAGACGUCCUUGUUCCAUGGAACAAAGCCUUGUGCUCCCAGCCCCUCUCGGAAUCCAGCCAGCCUGGGAGAAAGAAGCAGUGCGGCCAUCCAGAAAGAAGCCACCCCUACCCCCCUCCCUGCUCUGCGUGUCGCUGUCCCAUUUGUUUUAAGGGGCGCUGUGAUUCGAGGCGGUCCCGCAGCGUGGACCGUGACUCUGCUCUAGCUGGCACCUGCUGUGCAAAUAUUUCCAAGGAAGGCGAGGAAGAAAACGGAUUCUAUAACACGCUGGGGAAAUCUUUUCGUUCCUGGUUUUCCUCUAGAUCUUUGGAUGAAUCAACUCUGAGGAAGCAAAUUGAAAAAAUGAGACCCUUGAAAAACACAGAAAGUUGGGCCAAUAGCACGAUAUCCACCCAGCCUUCAAGACACUCAAGUUUCGACUUAGAUCAUCCAGAGCCAUUUUCGACAGGAGAGCAACAUUUAGAUGAGGAAGUGUUUGUGGAGACUUCUCAGAAACGCCUGGAAUGGCUGAGAGCGCCCGCCACACACAAACACCUAAAUGGAGACCAUCCAAGAGGCGUGAGGAGAAAUGGAGAUGGGAAUUUUCUGGGUAGCACCAAUACCGGGGAGAAUUGUACGGAUGCAGGUAACUUAGAAGAGGGUACCCCUUCUGCUAGUAAAAUAUGGAGGAGGAUAUCUGCAGCUGAUUCCAAAGAUUCCAACCCAGGUGACACCAUUUCUGUCGAAGAACAACAGCCCGACAUUUUGGAAUCUGGUGCCUUUAUGCGCUAUUACCACGUGUUUCGAGAAGGCGAGCUCUAUGGCCUGCUGAAGGACAGUGUGUCGGAACUCCAUAUUCUGAGCUCUGGGAAUGAUCAUGGCAACUGGUGUAUCAUUGCAGAGAAGAAGGAAAGUUGUGAUUGAUCGGAUCAUUUCAGACAUCUCCUCCAAAAGAUGAACCCCAUUCUUCUCACUGGGUCUGUGAUAUGGUCCCCUGAAUGGGCAUCCAAUUUCGUCAUUUGGUCUGUAUUGAAUCCAUUUAUAUUUUGGUCUAUAGAGACUAUGAAUUCAUCAUCUUUUUAGUCUAUAGACAAGCACAGUGCUUGGCAUCUGAAGCAUCUGACAAAGAGUAUUUGUGGUUAAAUGUUAAUAUAAGAGAUCUGAAGAAGCAAUAUAACAUGAACUUCAAUACAGCUGAAUCACUACAACAAUACAUGUAUACUGGUUUUCAGUAUUAUAUAGCGACUUCAAAAGAUUCUGCUUUUAAGUAUACCUUUUAAAAACAUCAUUUGUAUAUAGGAAGGGGGUAAUUCCUACUUCUCUGGUUAUAAUUUAGAUCUGUGUGCAAGAUAAUAGGUAAACUUGUACCAGGGCACAAAUGUAAUUUGAACCAGGUGAUAAAUUAUUUCGUUGCCAAGGCCUUGCUUCUAUUUAAAGUCUUCAGAAAGGUGAGAGAUGGUGGAGAGAGACAAGAAGGGUUCCGAGAACUUUUCUAGAUGAUAAGCGAACUUGCUUCACGUUAAGUAAAUAAUAAGGUUUUUGAUGUUGCUCAGAGGCUUUAAAGGCACUGUCAGCAUGUAGAGAGCGGAGUAUGUGGGCACAGGGAAGUUGUUGCAAGUUACCCAGGUGGUAUUCUUCCAACUUAUUAGAAGCAGGAAUAUCCAGUUACGGCAAGACCAAGAUUGACUAAUGAGUUUUCAUCUGGAAUGAUGCUUUACUUAUGCAUUGAAGGGAUACUUAGGAAAUGAGAAUCUGGUUGAAACAGUGCUUUUUAUUGGUUCUCAAAACAAACAGAUCAUUAAGGUACAAGAUAUUUGGACUUGGUGGAGGACUGAUUGUUGGACCGUUAAAAAUAAUAUCUGGGCAUUUAUCUUACUGAAAGGGACUACAUUUUAAUAGUUAUAUUAGGGACUUAGGUAGAAUCAAGUCCUAUUAAUUAAAGGUUCAAUUUUUGCCACUUUAUAGACAAACGAAUAGCUGGGCACUGGUCACCACAUCUGUUUGCAUUUAACCAUGGGUCUGUUUAAAUCCAUGUCGUGGAUUCUGAGACACAGAUAUAAUUAGGAGAAGCAAAAGUAAGUUGACCCAAGAAUACAGUUUCAGGCAGUUCCUUAAUGAGGAGAGAAUCAACACUUGACAAAAGGCUUUUUACUGUAUGGGCCACUGUAAACCCAGAGGAAACCCAAUUCUUGUUUUGUUUUCCACUGAAAUUACUAAAAUAGUAUAAGAUUUCAUUUGUGUUGGGUUUAUUUUUCCAUUCGGUGAUUGUGCUCUAACUUAAAAUAAUGAUGCUACUUUCAAAGAAAUUUAAAGGACUUUUAAAAAAAAUUUAUUUAAUUUAUUUAUUUUCGGCUGCAUUGGAUCUUCGUUGCUGCACGUGGGCUUUCUCUAGUUGCGGCAAGCAGGGGCUACUCUUCAUUGUGGUGUGCGGGCUUCUCAUUGCAGUGGCUUCUCUUGUUGCGGAGCACGGGCUGUAGGCUCGUGGGCUUCAGUAGUUGUAGCACGCGGGCUCAGUAGUUGUGGCUUGCAGGCUCUAGAGCACAGGCUCAGUACUUGUGGUGCACGGGCUUAGUUGCUCCACGGCAUGUGGGAUCUUCCCGGACCAGGGCUCGAACCCCUGUCCCCUACAUUGGCAGGCAUAUUCUUAACCACUGCACCACCAGGGAAGUCCUAAAGGAUUAUUUUUAAUGUGCAUCUGAAAAGUACUGGUGUUUAUUACUCUCUCGUGGCUUCGAAAUAAGAUUGCAUCAUCACCUUUUCGUUUGAUGAGGUUGUCGGGUGGAAGUGAGAUCUACGAUUUAUAUUGUUCGGCACACAGUUUGCAUCAGAGGGACGGUGAAAACAGACAUAAAAGUGGAAUAUAAAUUAAAAUUUAAUUUAAUGUCUUCCAUUUCUUAAAUGAGGACAUUAAGUCAUGAGUGUUAGUGGGGGUUUUUGGUGGAAAGAAAUGUUCUCAGAGUCAGAGACAUUCUUACAAUUAAGGCUUGAUGACCUUUUUAUUACGAGUGGAUUUUUCCUCUCCUUGAAGCCUGUUGUCACAUGUAUCUUUAAUCCCAGCCUUGCUGCUAGAAAUCUGUUUCAAGUCAGGGCUUUCUGGUGGUAGCCCACCACUUACAUGGAACUCAAGUUUAUUAGAUGGCUCCAGAAAAGCUUUGAGCAAACCUAUAUGAGCAACUCCACACACACACACACACACACACACACACACACACACCACUUUGUAUAAAAUGACUCUCUAGAAUAGUUCUUUAGAGAGGAAUAUUUUCACAUAAUUUUGACAGGGCUGUAAAUUUAAAAAACACUAAUAAUAGCGAUCUUUCGCCCUCCAUCUACCAAGCACAAGAAUUCUAUUCAUCCAGACGUUAUUUCGUAUGCAAAUAUUUGACUUUGUGGUUGAUAACAUCUCUUUGGUAUUCAUGUGCAAAGCACUCUUAAAUCUAACUUCUGCCUUUGGAGAUAUAUACAUACAUAUAUAUGUAUAAAUCUCCAUGGAUAUAUAUGGAUAUGGUAUAUCCAUAUACUUCAUAUAUACAUGAUAUAUAUGCCCUUGAAGACCCAACCUAAUGUAAAUAUCUUGAUCAUUUAAAAUAAAUUAUGUUCAUAUUAGGACUGUCCUUAAAAGGAAAUACAAAUAAGUGAGUUUAAACAUACACAGGUUAUUUGUGAGUAUUCAGUCGGCCUUAACUUGCUCUAUUAUAGAUUUUGCUAAUCUAUCUGAAGUACAUACUUUGAAAACUUAGACUCUGUUACUAACACUGGAUCAAGGAGUGUCUUUCCUGUCCAUUCCCCUUUACUUGUUGGCAUCACUGCAGAGUCCCACUAUCUGAAGUGGAGGUGAGCAUGUGCGGGGGAUUCUUGGAAGGGCCUUAAAAACCUCUGCUGGCUUAUUGAUGCCUCACUGGCCUACCUGAGGAAUUCCAUAAACAGUCAAACGAUUUGGGGGAAGUGCGUUAACAUGGACAAAGGAUGCAACCAGGCGAGCGGCCCAUUCAAACUAUUAUUUUUAAAAUUGUCACCAAAGUGAUUAAAUGACACCAGCAAGUCAUGGUAACUAAGAAACCAUCAACACACGUCUUGGAUUAUCAAUUUCAUUUGUUCUUCCCUUCUCACCACACAUCCCUAUAUACAAGAUGGUGUGUGAUUUCUGUUUUUAGUUUGCCUUUCUGUGUCCUUCCAAAUUCUAGAUGUCAGUACUUCCUCUGGGUUUUAACUGACCAUCAGUUGAACUGGCAAAAAUUAGCAGUAAUCCAGAGAGAAAAUAAUCCAGAUUUAAAUCAGCUAGUAAUGUUAACGUACUUGUAUAUUAAUGGCCAUCAAAAGAAUAAGCACUGGGCUUCCCUGGUGGCGCAGUGGUUGAGAGUCCGCCUGCCGAUGCAGGGGACGCGGGUUCGUGCUCCGGUCCGGGGAGAUCCCACGUGCCGCGGAGCGGCUGGGCCCGUGAGCCAUGGCCGCUGAGCCUACGCGUCCGGAGCCUGUGCUCCGCAACGGGAGAGGCCACAGCAGUGAGAGGCCCGCGUACCGCAAAAAAAAAAAUGAGUUGUGAGCACUCAGUUUGGGAGGGAGGGGGAAAUGGGGUAUAACCACUGGCCGGGCAGCUGCAGUCUGGGAAGAACAAAUUAGGGCAAAAGCCUGAGCAUGUCUCUCGUAUUGUGUAGGAAAUAUGAAAUAAUAACAGCAGCUAACUUCUUAAAUAUCUAACAUGGAUUAUUUUAUCUGUAAUCCUCACCAUUGCUAAGUAUACUUAUUGCUCCCACUUUGCAGAUUAGGAAAACUGAGUCAGAAAGAAAUCAAUUAAAUUGCCCAAUGCCACAUUCAUCUAGUAAAGGGCAGGGCUGAAUUUCAAACCAGGCAGCUGCCUCCCAGCCUGUGUUCUUACCCACAACACUGUAAACCCCCAGUCAUGAUGCAAGGCAGAUUAUGAGAACAUUUCAAGGGAAGUGUGAUUAGCCCCUUUCCAAAUAAGCUUUAGUAAGGUUAAGCAAAGAUUUCACAGUUAUACAGUAAUUGGACAGGAAUCCCUUAUAUAUUUUUCCCUAUCUUUUAUAUUAACUUUUUUCAUUUGUAAUUCUCUUUCCAUUUGAUUUUAAUUAAAAAAAAUAGUAACAAAAUGCUCUGUGAUCACUUUUAUCCAACUCUUCGAUCCUCUAAAAAUUGGUAUUAUUGUUUUCCCAUUUUAUAGGUGAGAAAAUAGAGGGCUAUUCAGAUAUUUCAUUCCUUCCGUUUGUUCACUGAACCCUGUUAUGUGCCAAAUACAUAGGAUAAUACGGCAAAGAAUAUCAGGUAUAUCGAGGAUACACCGAAUAUAAGAAUUAACUGAGCAGAAAGUGCCAAACUGGAGCAGUUUUUUUCAUAUUCCUUGUGCACCUACUACUGCAUUCUAUUCGUUUGCUUGAGAAAAGCAAUUUACAAAAACCCCUCUUAGAGAAUCUCAACGCAUAUGAGCAUAUUUAAGGCUUCCCCUAAAGUAAACUGGGAUUUGAUUUAACUGAGCUUGCCCUCAACAUGGUAACAUCCUCUGGCACAAGCAUUCUGUGGAAUACAUUUCAGAAAAUAACACACCCAACAGAGUAAAAUGCAGACUCCUUAGGAUGGCCUGCACAUCCCCCACUUCAUAAAUUCUCUCAAGUGUUUUUCAGGCUCAUCUCUUGCAAUUGCAAACAUUUUUUUUCUGUUUUGCAAUCUGCUGUUUUAAACAACACUUUCAUUAGGAUUUACAUAAUGACAAGUAAUUAUCACAUCCCCUGGAUAUAAACUUGAAUUUUAAAUGCCAACUGUAAUCCUUCUCCAAAGAAAAAUGCAUGAAACAGACUGCAUUCUGUCAAUUCAAAGGGCAUCUGAGAUAAGUGUCAUCACACACCCAUCCAACAGAUGGAAGAACCAUGGAAGUGGAAGGGAAUUACAGAAGCAUCAGCAGACCUCAAACCAGAACACUCAACCCCCCUCAUCCCAAUCUCAACUCAAAUUUAUGAUUACUGGUUUGAUAUUAUAGACUCCAUAUCUGCAACCUCGAAUAGCUACAAAACUGGAGUGGGAAUAUUUUAAAAGAACUCUUACCAACUAAGGACUGAAAUGGUAAUGCACAUAGAAAGCAUUUGGCAUGGUAUGGGGAAUGCAAUCACGGAAGCCUAAGAGAGCUAAUCAAAGAGCUCACUGUGAACUGCCUAUUUUUUAUUCACCAUGGUCCUCCAGUAUGUGAUGCAUUCGUAGGAAUGUGAAUCAUUUCAGUUAUAACCCACAUUCUGUUCCCCUCUAGAAGCAGGUCUUUCCCAAUUGCUUAUGCCUUGUCAUCACUCUACCUGGGUGGGAGCAGAGCUAUAAUGUAAUCUACAUGGCCAAUCUGACGGACCGCUUGUGAGAGGUGAUUGUCAAAUUGGAUCUCUCAUGGGGCAAAUCAAUAUAUAUUUUGUCUCUCCUUCAGCUAGAACUGGCAAAAAUAUAAUUUACCCAACCCAACUGAUUAUUAAUUAAUCUACAUGUAAAAAUAUAUUUUCUCCACACAAAACAUUUAUUCUUCUCUGGAUAUUACCUCCAUAAAGAAAAGACAGAGGGUCACUGUCAUUAAUCUGUAGCCAGUGUAACUGAAUGUUGAAUUCCAUGAAAAAUUUACAUUUGUAUUUAUGCUCGCCCAGAAGGGAAUCUGGCUGAAUGACAGGCAUUUCUCUAAUGCAAUCAUACCACUUCCAUGAGAUUUUCUAUUAACGUAUGUAGACGGACACCAUUAGUAAAGGUUUGCUUUUCUAUUCUACUUAUUUACACUACUUAUUACCCUGGCAAUACUUAAGGCUCACUAAUGUGGACCCCAGUGGAAUUUCUCAGAUACUUUGAAUAUGUAUGUAAAAACUGUCCCAUUUUCUUUAGAUGUUCUCUUAAAUAUGUAUUAUGUAAAUAUAUAUGUAUGUAUAUUCCUCGACAUCUAGUGUUUGCUGUCACUAGUGACCUUCUUAUGCACUUGUAAAAACGUUAAAUUAGCAAUUACACUGGAAAUGUAUUUCAUUGAAUACAUUUUGUUUUGGGGAAAUAUGAAGAGAACUGUCAUAUAUUAUUGUGCCUCCUCUGGUGUUGACGUGUAUUUGUAUCAAAAGUGCAAAAAUCCUUUUCUUCUACAAUAUAGUUAGUUACUUUAGCUUUUCCCAGAUGAAGCUAGCAAUAGUUCUAAAAGGACAAGUUGAUGUAAAAUAUCGUGACGUUUGUACUAAGUUGGAGGUAUUUUAUUUGCAUUAACCAAUAAUGUUUAGGAUCUUUUGUAGUAAGUAUUAUUAAAAAUAGUGUAAUUUGUAUGCCUAUGAAAUGUAUAAGAUAGUUUGUUAUGUCUAAAUGUACUUUCAAAAAUGUUACUAGAUGAACAAAAUUCUGCCUUUCAUCUCCACUCUUGAGUGUGACAGGACAGGUAUUACCCUCUUUCCAUUCACACAGGCACCUCUCCUUAGACUCAACAGAACUGGGCGAAUUUGUAUUUGGAUUCUGUUAGCUUUGUCGAAAAGAAACGAAGCUAGCCAUUUAAUAACACAGUGUCAUUAAGGGGUUAAUAAAGGGAUAUUAUUGACUAAAGCAAAAAGACAUCUUUUAAGAUGAAUAAAGAUGUAUUAGACUAUCUGAAAGUGGGCAUGUGUGAAAAUACAAUACUAAUAUUGAAAGAGCAUCAUUUUUUAUGUUAUUGGAAUGCAAGCACUUUUAUUCUUUUUCCUGACCUGCUCCAUCUGCAGGCUGUCAGCUCAUUAUCAGAGUUGGGGGUGUGACGUAAAAGGGGAUUGAGGCCGGCACUGCUGUGGCUCCCAGCAGGGCCGCGUUCGAGCAGCAGAUGGUGCCCUGGCAUGUGCAGCCCUGACCACCUCCCAUCCCUUCAGCAUCUCCCCGAGCAAUGGAAGAAGCUACUGCAUCUCCCCAAGCAUCCGUGUGCUGACGAAAACUGAUGAUGUGGGCUUGGUCCUUGGAGUUCACUGAUCAAGGGUUAAAAUGAAAACCAACCAGUGACCAAUUAUCUAGCCAUCAGUUACUAGCCCGAGCAUGGCCGCUUGGGAGACAAAAAUGAAAAGUACCGACGACAAAUGAAAUACAACCUGUGCCCAUCUUUUGGCAAGAAUCAACGAAGCCUCCAUCAUGCACUAUGCACUCUUUGGCAGAAAUCUCUCAGUUUAAAAACAUCACUAGUUCUUGUCUUUAGAAACCAUCACUUCUUCCAUCUUUGUGCUCAUCUUGCAUUUUUGAAACAUCUAAGUGUAAAUUCAGCUUUAAAAGCUCUAUGCGUCACGGGUUUGUUAGCAGUUUUUAGAGUUUUCUCGACGGUUGGAAUCAGAAGGAAAUCACCAGCUUCAGUGCCUGCUUUUUACUGUAGGCAUCGCUCCCCGCCCAGUCCCCAGGGUCAGGGCACAGAAGACAGUCCCCAUGACGAUGGUGUACCUGGAAGCAGUCUCAGGGGGUGGGAAACUGACAGAUGCUUGAGCUGCCAGGGACCUAAGCUGUCACUGACUCCAAGAAGGAGGGACUUGCCCCAGCCAAGAACCAGACCUGCCCUUCCCACCACACCACACUGUAUUCCUUCGGGGGCUUUCGGCCCUUUGCAUCCAUCCAGGCCUUUGUCACACUGCAGCCCCCAGCUCAGGUCCCAUCUUCAGGGAAAUCACCCCGAUCCCACUGCUACACGUCGAUUCCAUCUUCACCCUCCUACAGCCCUGUGCAUUUAGGGUAACUGACAGCAUUACUUUUCCAUAUUCACCUUUAGCAAUGAAAAAGCCUUCCUGCCUCAUCCAUGAUUUUGUCCCUUAUGUCUCUCCAAUUAAAAACGAAAAACGGCAAGUUGACUAACACCUUUCCAGCUCCAGUCACUUUUGCACCUGGUGUCUUUCUUCUCCGUGUCACCCCCAACCCUGACCUCCAGAAACCAACCCUCAUUUGCCAUUUUAAAUGGCCCACCUAAAUGGACGUAAUAACGGAGCUCUCCCACCCACCGACGACUCCAAGCCUGGCUUCUGAGCACGAGAAAGGAAGAGUCCAGCUCUGGCUGCUGGAAUUCCACUCCUGGGAUCAGCUGCCUGUGGAGGGCUGUGUCUCAACUUCACUGACUCCCCGCAUUUUGAGUCUCCUCCCAAGAUGUCUUCUCCUCAUAGAUCCCGUACUUCUAAGUCCUUUCAUCUUUCUCUAAGGCUCCCAGGUGGGAAGAGUUAAGUGUUCACUUAUCUGUGAGAUUUUUAUUUGAGGACUGAUGAUAACUGAUGCUGUGGGCUUGGUCCUCGGAGUUCACUGAUCAAGGAUUACAACCACCAGUGACCAAUAUUCAACCGUCCGUUAUUGGUUUUUUCUUUCUCUUGAAGAGAAAGAGGCCACGGUAUUUGGCUAAGUAUACAAUGAAGGGCAUGAGAGUUGGAGAUACAAAGGGAAAUCCCUUCCUUCCCAAAAGUCACUCCUGAAAACUCAGGGCAGCCAGACCUUCAUGUUCAGGGCUCCCUUGCUCCAGAGGAGAACAGGACCAUGAACUUAACCCGAUCCAUGCCUUUGAGAGGCCGGGGCCCCCAAAGGGUUGAUCAAUGGAGAUGCCGCAUUAAGAGGAAGGCUGGAGCAGCCCCACGGGCAGGGAGCCAGUUGGGGCCCCCAGUGCUGCCCCAGGGGUGGAAGGAACCUGCCGGGGGGGAGCCCCACACGUACCACGAGCCUGAGCACUGGCCCCAUGUUUGGGAACCUUGGCAAAGAUUCCUGUGCCCAGGCUUCGGGCUUGGCAUAAAGUGGGUGGAGCUGUGACUUUCAAGGGGCACAGUGGGGCCAUUUCCACAGGCCUUGUUCUUGCCCUGUAAUGAGAGACCACCAUCCUUGUGCCCCGGACAAGGCAGUGGGCUGCUUGUGCGCAUCCUCAUCAGAGGCACCUGAAAGUUUCUCAUCAAAAGAAAUGCAGUUGGGGCUUCCCUGGUGGCGCAGUGGUUGAGAGUCCGCCUGCCGAGGCAGGGGACGCGGGUUCGUGCCCCGGUCCGGGAAGAUCCCACAUGCCGCGGAGCGGCUGGGACCGUGAGCCAUGGCCGCUGAGCCUGCGCGUCCGGAGCCUGUGCUCCGCAACGGGAGAGGCCACAGCAGUGAGAGGCCCGCGUACCGCAAAAAAAAAAGAAAUGCAGUUGGAUCCCCAAAGUUCCAUGAAACGAGUUGAAGUCCACGUGAAGUUGAUCGUUAGGGUGUCCUCAUCCACUCCCACACCCCUCUGUUUUAUUAACGGGGGACCUCAGUGUGUGAGCUCAAGUGAGCUGCACACUCCAUGCAGGAAGCGCUCCCUGCUCUGGGGGGAGGCACAGCCCAGCCAUCCUGAAGAAAGUCCCCCAUUUCACCUUGUGAGGCCUCAGCGCCCAGAAGUGGGUGUUUAUGGAGAACCUGCCUGGUUUUCACUACCGUGAUACAUCAGUACAGGCAGACCUCAUCUGGUUGUGCUUCACAGAUAUUGCAUUUUUCACAAAUUGAAGGCCUAUGGCAACCCUGCAUAUGUAUCUGUGUCACAUUUUGAUAAUUCUCGUAGUAUUUCAAACUUUUUCAUUAUUACUGUGUUUGCUGUGAUGAUCUGUGAUCAGUGAUCUUUGAUGUUACUGUUGUAAAAAUAUUAUGAUUCCCUGAAGGCUCAGAGGGUGGUUAGCAUUUUUUAGAAAUAAAGUAUUUUUAAAUUAAA